CAUAAUACAUUUCUGUGACUCUUAGGAUGCAACAUAACCAUAUAAUAAGGUAAUAUGGUUCUAUCAUAUCCCUAGGAUGUGUAGCCUACUCUUUUUUUGUAACAUGGUUCAAAAACAAAUACUAUUUUUGGGUGAUUGGGACAGCAAGUUUAGUUGCUUGGGUCAGCAUAAUUUAUCAUUGAUUCAGCAUCGCAUAUGCCAGGCACGUAACCUUGUGAGGCAAAUAGACUCGCCAGAAUGCGACCCCGCGAGAAUCAAUAACGGCAGGCAACUUAUGUGUGUUUUAUUCGAUCCCCCAGCGGUUUGCCCCAAUCGGCAUCCUUUGAGGAACUUUGUUAUCUACGUGACACAUGAUAAGACAGAUGGGUCAUCCAACCUUCCAAGUAUUCUUUGAAAGUGCACUGCCCGUAUCCAAACAUUUUUUCCAAGGAUGACUUCUCCAAUGGUUCUGUGUAAGAAGCCAUCUGGUGCAUCAGGUUACCAGGCCAAGACUAUGAGCCUUAACUUGGGUGUGUUCCAUGCCUCCACUAUCUCCCUGUACCUUUCAAUCGCACCCUUCCUCCUUUCCUAACCAACCAUCCACUAUUGUCUGUUUUUUAUGCUGUUUUGUUCUCGCCCUCUUCCUGUCUCUCUGACUCUCUAUCCGUAUCAUUGGGGCCGGGGGCUGUACUGGACUUAUCCACUGCGACCGACAAGUCGAUGGCCAGUAAACCACUGAUUAGUGCACUUCCACUCUGCAAUGGAUUAAUCAGGGUUGGUGAGGAGGGGAUUUAGAGGUCUAGCCUUAACUAAGUGCCAGGUUGUUCUGGGAGAGUGUGUUGAUGGUGUCCCAAAACACUGCUCAAAUCAUUCAACCCACUCAGUAACAGUUGUAAAUAUAUUAAAAAAAUAGAAGGUCUGUCGAAGAGGUUACUACAGGCCUAUAAUUCGGCCAGGUAACAUUUCAAUGUCUGCAGCUUCAUGAUUUUCCAAUAUUUAGCUAACGGUCACUACAAAUGACAUGUUAGUUUUACUGUUUCCAUUAUCACUGUUGUUACUUUUUGCUUCUGUCAAAUCAGCUUCGGCCUUUAAGCAUCUGACGCAUAACCUAUAGCUAUAUAUAACUACAUUAGUAGUUAUGACUGCAUAAAAAAUAGUAACAUAUACACAAUUUAUAACCCUAACCCCUAUGCAUAACACAUGCAAGGGAUAUACAUUACAAAGCCUUUAAAAACGGUCCCAAUCACCCAAAACCAUAGGACAAUGUGAAAAUGACUAAACAUUAAAUGAUCAAAGCUGUUAUUGAUUUUGUUUCACUAGUAGGUCAUUUUUUGUUACACUAGUAGGCAUAUAAUAUUCAUGGUUCCAUCAAAGGUUUGGGCAAUCUAUUUGCUAUGACAUUUACAGGGCUGCCAAGUUUCAGGAAAAGUUUAUGCAAAGGGAUAUAAACUUCUAAAAAGUCUUGAGGAACAGUGGGCCCCUUUUUCAGCCACAGUGUGUAUGUUUGUUUGUGUGUCCACUGCUUCCUCCACAGGCUUCGACUGCCUCCUCCACUGUUUCCUCCACAGUCUUCUCCAGUGCCUCCUCAGGUCCCUCCUCUACUUUCUUCUCCAGUCCCUCCUCCACUGUCUUCUCCAGUGCCUCCUCAGGUCCCUCCUCCAAUGUCUUCUCCAGUGCCUCCCCCACUGUCUCCUCUGACCCUUCUAAUCCCUUCAGUGACCCAUCGAUCUCCAUCGCUCGAAAGUCCCAGCCAGUCCGAUCGCUGGAAACACCUAUCUGGUCAGAUCGGUCGAAAAUGUCAAAUAAUAAUAAUGACAUUAUUAUUCAUUUUUUCAUUUUCCCAUACAGGAAUAUAAGACUGUCUAACUAACAGAUAUUCCGUCCAUUGACUCGGAUUCCUCCUCCUCAAUAACAUCCGAAAAUGAAGAUGUGAUGAUAUUUCGUCAACCGACAACACUUCCUCCGAUAGAAGACAUAUUGUUGGAUGAGGAGUUGUCAUCUCCUGCACGGAUGGUCUGCUCAGCGGAAUCUUUGUACGAGCAGAAAUGGCUGUUUAAACAAAGUAGACCAGAAAGCAUUGCUAAAGUUCAGCAGGUCACUACUUUUCUGACUACGGACUCUGAGAACAAGAUACCGGAUUUAAACUCCAAUGUGAAGCCAAAAUCACCACAGAAGAAAGUCGACAAUUGUGCUCCAGUCCUCUCAUUUUCAUUGCUUGACGGGUGGGACUUGGACAGCGUCCUCCAUAACCUGAGGCAGAAUGGACCAGCUUCCAGGGAACAUGAGUUUCCCCAUGUCAUACAAUCACUUAGAGAGGCGGACAACCAAAGCCCAGGGGACCGUAUCAUGGAGAGGCUGGUCUCCAUCUCCAAGCAACAACAACAGUCGUCCCGGCUGACACCAGAACCGCUGGAACCUGAGCCUAUCCAAAGUGCUACUCAUCCCAGAGAGAGCACUGCAAUGAGUGAUACAAGUGCAAUGACAGUGUUGGAGAUGAGUCGGCAGGAGUCUCGUCCCACUGUAUACAUCGAUCUGCGCCACCAGCCCACCCCUUCAGGUAAAGCCUCUGGAAGGUGCCGGGAGGUUUUGGUACAAUGCAAGACAGAGGCUAAACUUGGCCGUCGCCAGGGAGAGCCACCGGAGACGAGAGUCGGUCAGGGAGGGCAGCAAGACAGAUCAAGGUUAAGGACCGGGGGAGAAAGCGGUAUGAGCAUGCUGCUUCGGGAAAUGAGGGAGCAGAAUAAAUGUAGGAAAGAUGAAUUCAAAGAGCCAAGCUUAAAGUUAGAGAACGACACCAAAGAAUUGACAGAGAAGACCUCGGAACCUGUGGAUCCAACAUGGAGGCCGGAGUCCCUCGUUUCACAUACAGAAGAUGGACAGUGCGGGGCCAAAAAGUCUAAAACAACUGAGAUCUCUACAACAACUUCUAUGACUCACACAAGCAAACCAAUGAAUCCGAAAAGUGUGGAGAGAAGCCAGGCCUGCACUGCUGCCAAGUCACCAUCCCUUCAAUGUGCCACAAACAAAGUCGACGUGCUCUUGCUGGUGUCCCCAGCCGUUGCUCCAUGCUGCUGGGGCCUGGUGCUCUUUGAGUGUGUACAGAGGGGGUUCACUCUGAGAGGGGUUCAGCGGCUGCAGCUAAUCCCCAAGGCAGCCAAAGCCUUAGGACUCACCAGCAGCCAGGUACUUUUAUUUUGUAAAUCUCCCACCGCAACCCUAGGUGGGAAGAAAACAACGCUCUCUUCUGACUGUUUGGUGUUGCUGCUGAAGAGAGAGAAUGCGACGCACCACUGUGCGAGUCUACCAGCAGCACUGAUGAAGGAGUGUGAAGCUCAAGACCUUCUGGGUGUCAUCGGCUCUGUACUGAAUGGUGUCCACGUGGUUGAGCCCAGUAGCUGCUUUCACGUCUCACCCUACACAGACCGCCUGCGCAACAACUUAGGUCGGUGUAAACGCGGAGAACCUACAGCACCUGACGGGGUCCUGUCCAAUAUGACGGGUCCGUCUAACCCUAAGGCCGGGGAGGUGGUGAUCCUGAGCCUGUGUGGUCACGAUCUGCGCCAAGGACUGGCUCUCCUGCACCGAAUCCUGAGAGGAGCCCCAGGCGAUGACGGAGGUGGAGAAGGUGGUGCUGUUGACAUUGAUGAAGGCUGCGGUUGGGGUGGCAGCAUCGGUGGUGGCGGUUUGGAGCUGCUGGACCUGACGUGGCUGCCUGCGCUGACGGCGAGGCAGGCCCGGGAGCUCAGCCCCUACGAGGUGGGGGAGCGGGGUUGGCCUGGCAGCCUGGACACCCUGGCCUCCGCCCCGGCCCUGGUGUGUGCCCUGCGUGGGGUGGAUGCUUUCACGGCGCUACGGACCCUCCUGCCUCCCCACGGCGGCUGCGAUGGAGACCCAGGGCGACUGAGUGUACUGAUGUCCCCCACCCCGGAACUGGCCCUCAGACAGGCCCUCCUCUUCUUCCCUUAGGGUGAGACCAUCCCCCCAGCUGGGUUUGUGUCCAACGGCUCUACCAUGUAUUCCUGAGAUGUUGCUGGGUCUCAUUGGGUUGCUGGAGUCAGAUUUAUAUAUUUUUGUUCGCUAUUGAUGAAGCACAUUUGUCUUUCCUUAAUAAAACAUAUUGUUCACAUUAUGAAUGAUUCAAGUCCACUGAUUUUGUGUUUUUUACUGGGACAUAUUUGUGUUUUCGUGGUAAGA